UGUGAGUUGAUUUAUGACUGGAUGACUUGCUCUUACCUGUUUGACCUGCAGCUUUCAGUGACUAAAAUUUAUGGACAGACUGAUCAAUAGGGAACUGCACCUCUAAAUUCCCUUUCAGCCUUCAAACAGCAAUUAUGACAACUGCCACAAGACUUCUGGAUGAGCUGUGUCACUUAACGGCUCAGUCUCUAGAAUCACUGGAGCCUUUAGAUCACUUCCAACUUAUUAAACUUCUUGGGGAGGGUUCAUACGGAAAAGUCCAGUUAGCAGUGCACAAGAAAAGAGGAACCCUAAUGGCCCUUAAAUUCUUUCUGCGAGACGACACAUAUUUUCUGUCAUUUCUCAGGGAAUAUAACCUGUCUUUGGCCUUCUGCACCCACCCCUCACUUACCUCUGCUUUAGGCAUCGCAUUCUCCACUCCUACUCACUAUGUGUUUGCGCAGCAACCUUGCCUCUAUGGCGACCUCUACGAUGUCAUCGUUCCUGAGGUUGGUCUGGAAGAGAGCCGUGCCCAGGGAGUGGCUUCCCAGAUCAACGGUGCCCUCUCUCACCUCCACUCUCUUGGCUUUGUCCAUCGUGAUGUCAAACCAGAGAACAUCUUCCUAUGUGACCGUGAGUGUCAUUGGGUCAAGCUUGGUGAUUUUGGCAUGGUGAAGGCUGCAGGCACCAGGGUACCAUGUGUGUGGUACUGCUCCCCUUACUGCACGCCUGAGGCUGAAAUUGCAAGAAAAACUGAGGAGAGCCAUUCGGGCCACUUGGGGGUGGACAGCAAUGGGAACAAGCAAAAAAGGGAUUCUGGAAAGACUCAAAGGAUGUUGGUGUCUGUGGAUCCCAGUACAGACAGCUGGGCAUUAGGCAUUCUAAUCUACGCCAUGCUCAUGGGGAGCCUACCAUGGUCUGAGACCAUUUCGGAUAACCCAGCAUAUAAAAGCUAUCUACAAUGGACCAAUUGGGAAGAUUCAGCAUCACAAGAGAAAGAGUCAGAUCAGCAUGAAAACUUCCACCAGGUGGCACCGCAGUUUGCUGCGUUCACCCCUAUUGCGGCUCAUCUUUUUAAGUCUUUGCUCCACCCACAGUCCAGGCUUCGUGGCAGGCCAGAUGAGGUGGAAAGGUAUUUGGGAGAAGCCUGGCUAUUGGACAAGGAUGUCAGUCGGUGAUGCAUCCCAAGGACAGGACCGAGAUCAGUAGGAUGUCGUCAUCAUCAGUAGGAUGCCGUCAUCUGGUCAUUCACUCCAUGGUGGGAACAAUGGUUAUCACUUUUGGAA